AUGGGUGUAAUGACUUCACAGACCACAACAAAAGAUGGCACAAGAUUCAGUACAGCUCGUGCUUUCCUCAGCCCGAUCAAGGACAGAAAGAACUUCCACGUCAUCAAGCAUGCUCAAGCUACUAAAGUGUUGUUUGUCCCUGGUACUAACAUCGUAAGUGGUGUCUUGGUUCACAAAGACGGAAAAGACAUAGCAAUAAACGUAAGGAAAGAGCUUAUUUUGUCAGCUGGUGCUUUGAACUCACCUCACAUUAUGAUGCUUUCUGGUAUCGGACCAAGAAGGCACUUGGAAGAGAUGAAAAUUGAAGUCAAGGCUGACCUGCCCGUUGGUGAGAACCUACAAGACCAUUUAUUCGUGCCCACCUUUUACACUAAGCCUGGUGACAAAAACUACUACUCUAUCAACAAUAUAGUAUCAGCAUUCACAGAAUACAUCUUGAACGGUACUGGUCCGUUGGUCAACACUAGUCCCCACCGUGUAAUCAGUUUCAUCAAUACAACUGACCCUACUUCAACGGCUUCGGAUAUGCAGUUCCACUACUUUGUUCUUCCGCCUGGUAUUUCUAAUAUGUUAGACAUCUUCCACAAGCACGGAUUAAACGAUGAAGCAUACACUAAGUUCCAGGAAAUGAACAAGGAACAUUACACUUUGGUUAUUUUCAACACUUUGUUGAAACCAAAAUCUGCAGGUAAAAUUCUUCUAGCUAGCAAGAAUCCCUUCGAGGCACCUUUGUUCUUUGCUGAUUAUUACAAAGAUCCUGAAGACAUGGAGAUUGUAAUCAAAUCAAUGAAGCAACAUUCUCUGAGAUUAGGUGAAACCCAAGCUCUUAAGAAAGCCGGAUUCAAACCUGCUUACCUCGACAUUGAUGCUUGCAAGAAGUUUGACAAGAACAGCGAUGACUACCUAGACUGCAUUUCAAGAGAGUUGACUUUCUCAUUGUACCACCCAACCAGUACAGCUAAGAUGGGUCCUGAUGGUGACCCAACCUCCGUAGUUGAUCCAGAACUGAGAGUGCGUAAGGUGAAAGGUCUUCGUGUAAUUGAUGCUAGUAUCAUGCCUUCUGUGGUUAGAGGUAAUACCAAUGCACCUUCAAUAAUGAUUGGUGAGAAGGGAGCCGACAUGAUUAAGAAAACAUGGUUGAAGCAGCACACAGAACUUUAA